UGUUCAGUGCCCUGUGGAGUGGGGCAGAGGACUCGAGAUGUGAAGUGUGUUAGCAACCUUGGAGACAUCGUUGACGAUGAGGAAUGUAACGUGAAGCUGCGGCCAAAUGAUAUUGAGAACUGUGACAUGGGUCCCUGUGCUAAGAGCUGGUUCCUUACAGAGUGGAGUGACAGGUGUUCUGCAGAAUGUGGUGACGGAGUCCGUACGCGGUCGGUGGUUUGUAUGACGAACCACGUCAGCAGUUUGCCUCUGGAAGGCUGUGGCAAUAACAGACCCUCUGAAACAACCCCCUGUAAUAAUGGACCCUGUGCUGGUAGAGUGGAGUGGUUUGCUGGGAGCUGGACACAAUGCUCUACUGAAUGUGGCACUGGAACUCAACAGAGAGAAGUCAUUUGUUCUAGGAAAACUGAAGGUAAUUUUGAUGUUUUGAACCCCUAUGAAUGUUCACAUUUGGAAAAACCUCCCAGCCAGCAAUCCUGCUACCUCAAACCCUGUGGAUCUAAGUGGUUUCAUACAGAAUGGAGCACAUGUUCCAAAUCCUGUGAAGGAGGAUUUCGUGUUCGAGAGGUACGGUGUCUAUCAGACGACAUGACAGCCAGUAUUCAGUGUGAUCCACAGCUUAAACCUGAAGAAAAAGAACCAUGUAACACACAAGAUUGUAUCCCUGAAAUAGAUGAGAACUGCAAAGAUAAAUACUACAAUUGCAAUGUGGUGGUUCAGGCUCGGCUCUGUGUCUACACCUAUUACAAAACAGCCUGUUGUGCAUCCUGUACACGUGUGGCAAACAGACAGUCGGGGUUUCUAGGACGUAGAUAACAAAUACUCCUCUACACAAAGCAGCAUUGUCAGUCUUCAGAUGGAGCUUGAACAGUGUUACUGUUUUGACUACAGCAGGUUUUAGCUUCUUGGAGAUGGGUUUUUAUAUUGCUGAGUACGUCAAG